AUGGACUUGCCAUGGGCGGACGACCUGCCUCUGCUUGACAUCGGCACGGGCUACGAGGGCUCCGCCGAACCCAACAUGGCCGACGUUGACGACCUGUUGAGCGGUUAUCUUCAACCGGACGCUGCGUCGUCUGAGUCCGUGCCGAUUCCGGUUAAGGAGACGGUGGAGGCUGCGUCGUCGGUGACCAUUCCGGUGGAGGCGGGUAAUGGGAUGGUGGAGGCUGCAUGGUAUGGAUCUGUGCAUGUUCCGGCGGUGGCGGGCAAUCAGAUGGUGAAUGGGGAACAAGAAGAGGGGGCGGAGUGGAUGGAAGAGGGGUCCGAGAGGCUGCACUGGCCGUGGGGAUGGAUUGGGACGGUCAGAGCCGGCAGCAAUGAAUACGGCAGGAGCGAGGCCGUGUACGCAAAUAAUCAACUGGUGGCGCCGGCCAUGGGGACGGCGGCUGACGGCGGCGGGAGGCGGUCAGGCAAGGGGUGGUGGGACAGCGUGUACAGCUCGGAGGAGAAUUUCAGGCUCCAUUUCCGCAUGUCCCGCUCCACAUUCGCCUUUGUGUGCGACGGGGUAGCCGACCUUAUCCGCAAGGAUGCCGAAGCGUGUCCCGUGACCUUCAUCCCCGUGCCGGAGCGCGUCGGCAUCUGCCUCUGGCGCCUCGUCAGCGGGGAGCCCAUCGCCAAGGUCGCAAAGCGCUUCGGGCCCGCGGGGAUCACCUGCCACAAGAUCUUUCACGACGUCUGCGCCGCAAUCAAGGCCAAAUUCGGCGACAAGGAGGUCCUCUGCCCGCCCGCCGCCGCCAUGGAGGCUAACGCCGCCAAGUUCCAGGCUAUUUCGGGCAUCCAGGGAAUCAUUGGCGCCGUCCACACCACCCGCUUCGCCAUCACCGCUCCCAAGCACAACAAAGACGACUACAAGAACCGCCGGGCCACGCCGCGCAACAGCAGCAGGCCGUCGCCCCGGCCGUCCUACAGUAUCACCCUGCAGGCGUCCGUGAACGCGCACGGGGCCUUCACCGAGGUUUUCGCCGGCCACCCCGGCGGCAAGUCCGACGAGGAAACCCUCCUCGCGUCUUCGCUGAGCAAGCCCGACCUUACCGGGAAGAUCCUUGGCCAGAGGAUGCGCCUGGUCGGCGGCGCCGGCUACCCGCUGAGGGACUGGAUGAUGGUGCCCUACUCCCACCAGCACCUGACGCCAGCGCAGCAGAGCUUCAACGAGGGCGUCGAGAAGGUGCUCGCCGUGGGCGUCGAGACGUUCCGGAGGUUCAAAGCGCGCUGGACCUUACUCCAGAAGCGCAUCGAGAUCAAGUUGAAAGGCGAAAAGAAAAAUGAAGCCGGCGUCGACCCAGCCUUGGUGCUCGAGGUGUGCUGCGCGCUCCACAACAUCUGCGAGCGCCUCGGCGACCGGCUGGACCCCGAGCUGCUGCAGGGCGUGGAGCUGAACGACGACGGCGGCAUGGUCGCCAAUGAUAACCCCUCGCCAUCGGCUUCCGACCUGCGCGACACCCUCGCCGCCGACCUCGUUAUUAGCAUGGGAACAGUUUGA